AUGGGAAAAAUCGACGAAAAUACUCUCGAGGAAGAAAGUAAAUUGCCACUAGCGAGUGACAAGGAGGAUUCAUCCAAAUUUAUACGUGAAGACGUGUUGAAUGCAUUUCGAAAAUACCAAAAUAAAAUCCCUAAAACUCGCAAAGUAUUCACCCCUGCAUAUUGGGGAGUGCUUGAUCUAACUAGAGAAAGUCUAUAUGAAUGUAAAGAAAUUACUGAAAACGACUUACAACAAUUAUCUCAAGAUUUUGCUAAUCAUGUUAAGUGGGAAUGUGAACCUCCCCCAAUAAAUAUCCAGAAUUACUUUGACAGUCAUUGUGAAAAACUCGACAAUAGUGAUGAAAUAAAUAUUUCGACACAAAUGUACAAUUUUUGUAUGUAUCAACUCUGUGGAUGUGUUCUUGAUUAUCUAGUACUUAUAUUUUAA